AUGGGACAGCAGACGGACGCGGUUAAUCUGGGUCCAAACGGCUCACCAAACUAACCUUGUUAAACACUUUUCGAAAAAUAAAAGAACUCUUUCCAGUUGAAGCAAAACUAAUAUGUAAAGAAAGUUCCAUCUGCGACAAAGACUGUGGGGUAUGGGGGCUCUUGUAAUUGUUCGACUUAUUUGAUGAAGCAGAAGCUGUAUGUUAAUUGAAAGGCCAGGUACAGGUAAAAUCUCAAUGGUGGUUAAUUUGAGACGUUCACAUGGUUUUCCUAUUAUAUUUACCCAUCUCAACCCUAGUAAGGUUUUGUCCGAAACUUGCAGCUUAUCACAUGGAGAGAUUCUGUGAAUCAUAUGAAAAGAAAUCACAUGCCAAGCUGCGCUUGCAUAAGGUUGCUGGGCAUAGCACUGAAAUACUGGAGCUUCAUGCAGAAAGACCAUCCUUUCACAUUUUGUUUAUUCCUGGAAAUCCAGGAAUUGUCACCUUCUACAGAGACUAUCUAGAAGUUCUAUAUGAGCUGUUUGAUAAGAAAGCUUCUGUAACAGCUAUUGGACACGUGGCCCACACAUCCAAGGAUUGGGAGGACGGAAAAUUAUUCUCAUUGCAGGAGCAAAUCAGCCACAAGGUACAGUUUUUAAAAGAGGAAUUGCUACGACAUGAAACACGAAUAAUUUUGGUUGGCCAUUCAAUUGGUGCAUAUAUAUCAUUGGAUAUAUUUAAGGCUUUUCCACAAAAGGUUUCCUAUAUGAUUGGGAUGUAUCCCUUCUUGACACUAAAUAGAGAUUCAAAUUUUCAGGCUUUUCUAACAAAAGCGGCCAAGCUACCAAUUCUUUGUGCAGGAUUGAGUUCUCUUGCUGGUUUAGUGGGUCUGUUCCCUUCCAGGUUUAAUAGAGGCCUUAUUAAACGUUUAGUGGGGCGUACAUGGUCUUCUGAUGCAGUUCAUGUUGCAUCCACUUAUCUACUUCGGUAUUCUAUGGUACGGAAUUAUACUUACAUGGGGAUGACUGAGUUUGAGAAGCUCCAGGAAAUUCCAGACUGGACAUUUAUAAGAGGCAAAGAAAAUCAAAUAGCUUUUCUGUUUGGCAGCGAUGAUCAUUGGGGACCGCUCUCUCUUUUUGAAGAGGUUUCUCAAAAAGCCCCAGGUAUUAGCUUGGCCAUAGAAAAAGAGGGACACACGCAUGCUUUUUGUUGUACACAGGCUGGCUCAACCUGGGUUGCUGAGCACACAGUGGAUCUGAUUAAGCAACAUCUUAAGGGUGAGCACUGAGAACGAACUUCUUAUAUUAAGGAAAGCUGACACAUAUGGCUUGUCAUCUUAUUAUACAUAAUUUGUGUAUGUUACUUAAGAAAAUUUGUUCUUCUUUGUACUGUUAACUGGUAGUGAUAACAGACUGUUGGACAAAAAUAAUUUUUUUAGAUCAAAUGAAAUUAUUUAGAAAUUUCAUUUUGUAAGUAUGUAGUUUUUAUUGUAAUAUUUUAAAAAGUAUAAUUUUGAAUAUAUUUAAUUCGAUUAUUAUAUUUAUUUUUUA